AUGAAUAAAAAAGAAUAUUCUCCCUGCUACCACUGCAAAGAAGGAAAUAUUGGGGUUUAUUAUCCUAACAAUUAUGAUGAUAACUCUAUUCAUGGCAUUCGAGCAGUUUGCCAAAAGCUAGAUUGUCAACAAAAAGAAAAAGAACUAUACGAAGCCGAGGAGAGAAAAUUUAAUGACAAAAUAAGCAAAGACCAAGGGCAAAAAGAAAGUUACAAAAACACUAAAAAGCAAGCCGAAGAGAAAUUAAAUAAUCUUCAACAGCAAAGGAUUAAUGAAGCCUUUACUUGUCGUGGUACCUGUGCAACUAUUGAAAAGAUAAUGAAAGAUCAAGAAGUAGACAUUAAUUCCCUAAGCUUACCAGAAGCAGAUAAAGUUCCUUUACGAGCCGGCCAAAUGAUAAUGAAGGGCGAAACAGUAAAUGUUGAUGAUUUGACUAUUGAUGAAGAAGAUAAGGAGGUUUUGCGAGAAUUACAAAAACAAAAGUCACCACAAAAAAAUAAUUCUUCUAACUAUACUUACGAGUGCCAGGAUUGUGGUCUUAAAGGAUGGAAAACUCCAUGGUGGUGA